AUGAAGCCGCCUGGCAGAAGUUCUCUGCGGCAGCCCUUUUCUGGCAACUGCCGGCACCGCCGGUCCUCUAACGCUUCCUUCUCAGCCUGCCUGGCGCGGCUGCCUCUGCUCGGCUUCUUCCACCGUUUCCUUUUGGCGUUCCUGCUGCUCUGCUGGGGACGCCCAAAGAGCUGUGGGGUCAUUGCGGACACCGCUAUCCAUUGGAAUGAAACUUUGGAAAAAACAGAAACCAUACUGGCAAAUGAGGACACUGCAUUUCAACAGACUAACAAUAGUAGUAGCAAAAAUAACAAUUACAGCAGUGCAUUCCAAAAAGAAAUCACAUUGCCUUCAAGACUUGUUUAUUAUUUGAACAAAGACUCUGAAAGUCCCUACCAUAUUUUGGAUACUAGGACAAGAUACCAGCAAAAACACAGUAAGGCUGUGCAUCUAGCUCAGGCAAGUUUCCAGAUUGAAGCUUUCGGUUCUACAUUUAUUCUUGACCUCUCCCUGAACAAUGACUUAUUAUCUGCUGAUUAUGUGGAAAUUCAUUAUGAAGAUGACAAACCACAAUAUUCAAAGGGAGGGGAACACUGCUAUUAUCAUGGAAGCAUCAGAGGCAUUCCAAAAUCCAAAGCUGCUAUUUCUACCUGUAAUGGACUUCAUGGCAUGUUUGAAGACAAUACUUACGUCUACCUGAUAGAACCUUUGGAGAUAACUCACAGCAUGAGCAGUACAGGUAGACUACAUGUCAUUCGGAGAACAUUUGGAUCAAAUGCCUUCAGUCAGUUGGAAGAUCUUGAUACCGAUUCCACAUCUGAUUGGUCCUUCCUGUCUGAGUUGCAGUGGCUAAGAAGGAGAAGAAGGGCUGCAGUGCGUGGCAUCUUUGAAGAAAUGAAAUACCUGGAGCUCAUGAUUGUUAAUGACCAUAAAAUGUUCAAAAAACAUCGUUCAUCCCAUAGUAAUACGAAUAACUUUGCGAAAUCGGUGGUAAAUCUCGUGGAUGCUAUUUACAAGGAGCAACUAAACACCAGAGUUGUUCUAGUUGCUGUUGAAACCUGGUCAGACAGAGAUCGCAUUCAUAUCCACUCGGAUCCACGGCAGAUGCUUCAUGAUUUUUCCCGAUAUCGACAGAACUUCAUCAAGCAACGUGCUGAUGCUGUACAUCUCCUCUCGAAUGUGACAUUUCAUUAUAAAAGAAGUAGCCUAAGCUAUUUUGGAGGAAUUUGUUCAGUGGCUAGAGGUGUUGGAGUAAAUGAGUAUGGGCUUUCCUGGGCAAUAGCACAAGAAUUGUCCCAAAGUUUGGCUCAGAAUCUAGGGAUACAAUGGGAACCAGCAUCCAGAAAACCAAAAGGGUGCGAUUGUACAGAAUCCUGGGGUGGAUGCAUCAUGGAGGAAACAGGUGUCUAUCACUCCAGAAAAUUCUCAAAGUGCAGCAUUGCUGAAUACAGAGAUUUUUUACUCCGAGGAGGAGGUUUUUGUCUUUUCAACAGGCCUACAAAGUUGUUUGAUGCCACUGAAUGUGGAAAUGGGUAUGUGGAACCAGGCGAAGACUGUGACUGUGGUAUCCAAACGGACUGCCAUGCAGACUGCUGUAAAAAAUGUUCCCUUUCUAACGGAGCUCAUUGCAGUGAUGGUCCAUGUUGUAAUGAAACCUGCCUUUUUUUUCCACGAGGCUUUGAGUGUCGCUAUGCAGUGAAUGAAUGUGAUAUUACAGAAAUCUGUACUGGUGACUCCGGCCAGUGCCCACCAAAUCUUCAUAAGCAAGAUGGAUUUGCUUGUGAUUCAAAUCAGGGACGUUGCUACAAUGGAGAGUGUAAGACAAGAGAUAAUCAGUGCAAAUACAUCUGGGGCAAUAAGGCUUCAGUGUCUCACAAACACUGUUACGAGAAGCUCAAUACAGAAGGUACACAGAAAGGGAACUGUGGAAAAGACGGAGACAAAUGGAUUCCUUGCCACAAACACGAUGUGUUCUGUGGAUUAUUGCUUUGUGCAAAUCUUGAUGGGGUUCCACGAAUUGGUCACCUUCAGGGAGAAAUUAUUCCAACUUCUUUUUUCCACCAAGGUGUUGUAGUGAACUGCAGUUGUACACAUGUACUUUUAGAUGAUGAAACAGAUUUAGGAUAUGUAGAAGAUGGGACUCCUUGUGGUCCUAAUAUGAUGUGUAUGGACCGAAGAUGCCUCUCUAUUCAGUCCUUGAACAUAAGCAGCUGUCCUAUGGAUGCUAAUGGAAAAGUUUGUUCGGGACAUGGGGUGUGCAGUAAUGAAGCCACCUGCAUUUGUAACACUACUUGGGCAGGUACAGAUUGUAGCAUGUUUGAUCCUAGAAGGAAAGAUGACUCUGAGAAACCAAGUGGACCAAAGGAAAUGUUAAAAAGAGAAGAUACGAUCCAAGUCAACAAGGCAUCUAAGGAAUUCCCUGGAAGAUUGUGGCUGUGCUCGACUGGACUCUGGAGGCUCUUUGAAGCAGCUGGCUCUCCCUGCAGAAGCGUACCAGUCAUUGUCUACCAGUGGCAAGCUAAGGCACUUAUGAAAGGGCUGAAGGAAAACUGUCCUUACUGGAGAUUUAAAUUCAAGGACUUCCUCCACUCAUUUCUCUCUUUUUGGGGGGAUGUUAGUGACAAAACAAACUUUGGGAAGGAACUAUUUCGCCUAUUUUUUGUUCUAAACAAAAAUGGAGCAAACAAACCAAGCGCAAUAAGUAAACUCUUUCAAACUAUUUAA